CAGAAUUAAACAGCCACCAUGUCGAGCAAAAAGGCCAAGACCAAGACCACCAAGAAGCGCCCUCAGCGCGCAACAUCCAACGUGUUUGCCAUGUUUGAUCAGUCCCAGAUUCAGGAGUUCAAAGAGGCCUUCAACAUGAUUGACCAGAACAGAGAUGGCUUCAUUGACAAGGAAGACUUGCAUGAUAUGCUGGCCUCUCUAGGGAAGAACCCGACGGAUGCGUACCUGGAAGCCAUGAUGAAUGAGGCUCCAGGGCCCAUCAACUUCACCAUGUUCCUCACGAUGUUUGGGGAGAAGCUCAAUGGGACAGAUCCAGAGGAUGUCAUCAGAAAUGCUUUUGCCUGCUUUGAUGAAGAAGCAACAGGCACCAUUCAGGAAGACUAUCUGAGAGAGCUGCUGACCACCAUGGGGGACCGCUUUACGGACGAGGAAGUGGACGAGCUCUACAGAGAAGCUCCGAUCGACAAAAAGGGGAAUUUCAAUUACAUCGAGUUCACACGCAUCCUGAAACAUGGAGCAAAAGACAAGGAUGACUGAACAAACUUUAGCUGAAACCCUCUAAUUACCUUGAGUUUAUUCCCAAGACACUUUCUCCCCUCUCCCCCUUAGAACCUGUGCAUGCACGUAGCUUCACAGCUUUGCCUCUUAUCCUCUCCCUUGGAUGUAUUUAUUCCAGGCCUUUCUGCCACUAGCAUCUGUAUAAUCAGGAUGGGAAUGGGGAUGAGGAUGUAAAUUGUAUUGAAAAACAGAUUAUGAAUAAAAAUCAACAAAUGUGAAAUCCCAGGAAAAUAUAUCCGUAUUUCUGGUUUUGCUGGAUUUUUACAUUUUUAUAUAAUAAAAAUGCUAUUUUGAAGUAAAGAUAUUCUGACUCAAAUGGAAU